UGGCUUGAAGGGCUGCAGGACUACAACUCCGAGGAUGGGCAGGGCGUGGGGUUGGCACCCAGUCCUAGAGGGAGCUGUUGGCAGGAGUGUCGGGGCCGCUCACUUGUGUCUUCCCUCGAAACGGGGAGUGAGUCCAGGGAGGGAUUGGAGGUUCAGGGCCGAGACUAGGUUGUUAGGGCGCUGUGACGACUGCGAUGUGCGGCUGCGGGCAGGUUUCGUUUCUCAUUCCUGAAUGUGGGAUACUAUCGGAAGAACUGAAAAACCUGGUCAUGCAAACUGGACCCUAUUACUUUGUGAAGAAUUUACCUCUUCAUGAAUUAAUUACACACGAAUUCAUCAGUACCUUUAUAAAGAAAGGUUCUUGCUGUGCACUCACAUACAAUACAAAUAUUGAUGAAGAUAAUGCUGUUGCCCUGCUACCAAAUGGGACAUUAAUUUUGUCAUUGGAUAAAGACACUUACGAAGAAACUGGACUUCAGGGUCGUCCAUCUCAGUUUUCUGGCAGAAAAAUUAUGAAAUUUAUUGUUUCCAUUGAUUUGAUGGAAUUAUCUUUAAAUUUGGAUUCUAAGAAGUAUGAAAGAAUAUCUUGGUCCUUCAAAGAAAAGAAGCCAUUGAAAUUUGAUUUUCUUUUGGCUUGGCAUAAUACAGGGUCAGAAGAGUCAACAAUGAUGUCAUACUUUUCCAAGUACCAAAUUCAGGAGCAUCAGCCAAAAGUGGCACUGAGCACAUUGAGAGAUCUCCAGUGCCCAGUGCUGCAGAGCAGCGAGCUCGAGGGAACCCCGGACGUGUCCUGCCGGGCGCUGGAGCUCUUCGACUGGCUCGGUGCCGUCUUCAGUAAUGUCGAUCUAAAUAAUGAGCCUAAUAGUUUCAUAUCAACCUAUUGCUGCCCUCAACCAAGCACAGUGGUGGCAAAAGCUUAUUUGUGUACAAUCACUGGCUUCAUACUUCCAGAGAAGAUCUGUCUCCUACUGGAACAUCUCUGUCACUACUAUGAUGAACCAAAAUUGGCUCCGUGGGUUACAUUGUCCGUUCAAGGCUUUGCAGACAGCCCUGUUUCUUGGGGAAAAAACGAACAUGGUUUUCGAAAAGGAGGAGAACAUUUAUACAACUUCGUGAUUUUUAAUAAUCAGGACUAUUGGCUUCAGAUGGCUGUUGGGGCAAAUGAUCACUGUCCACCCUAAAAAAUACAAAAUUAAAAACCAUGUGUACUU